AUGGUAGAGCCCAGAACCCUGCCUCCUGGUUUCGGGGAGCUUGAAGUGCUGGCUGUGGGCACAGUGCUGCUGGUGGAAGCACUCUCCGGCCUCAGUCUCAAUGGCCUGACCAUCCUCUCUUUCUGCAAGAUCCCAGCGAUCCGGACACCUGGCCACCUGUUGGUGCUGAGCUUGGCCCUGGCGGACAGUGGGAUCAGCCUGAAUGCCCUGGUGGCAGCCAUAUCCAGCCUCUGCCGGCAUUGGCCCUAUGGCUCAGGCGGCUGCCAGGCACACGGCUUCCAAGGUUUCACGGUGGCCCUGGCCAGCAUCUGCAGCUGUGCAGCCAUUGCCUGGGAACGCUACCACCAUUACUGCACCCGAAGCCAGUUUACUUGGAGUUCAGCGAGCACCCUGGUGCUCUUCAUGUGGCUAUCUUCUGCUUUCUGGGCAGCCCUGCCCCUCCUGGGCUGGGGGCACUAUGACUAUGAGCCACUGGGCACGUGCUGCACGCUAGACUACUCCAAGGGUGACAGAAACUUCACCAGUUUCCUCUUUACCAUGGCGUUUUUCAACUUCCUCCUGCCCCUCUUUGUCACACUCACUUCCUACCAGCUCAUGCAGCAGAAACUCAAGAAAAGCGGCCCCCUCCAGGUGAACACCACUCUGCCAACCAGGACACUGCUGCUGGGCUGGGGCCCUUAUGCCCUCCUGUACCUGUGUGCAGCCUGUACAGAUGUGACCGGCAUCUCCCCCAAACUACAGAUGGUGCCUGCCAUCGUUGCGAAAGCAGUGCCCAUUGUCAACGCCUGCCACUACGCCUUGGGGAACAAGGUGCUCCGCAGAGGGAUAUGGCAAUUCCUUUCUCAGCAAAGUGGGCGGCCCCUCAGUUCUCAGGACCGAACCCAGUGAACUCUCCUUGCAGCUGCUCCAACCAGGCCUGCCCUUCACGCCAUGGUGAUAGACUUAGCCCCUGCCGGGAAGCUGCACCCAGAAUCCGGCUCUAGUCACUGACAGCCAAUCGCUGACGUCUCGUGGCCCAGACAGGUCCAAGUGUCCAAGUGUUGGUCCUUGAUCUCCACAUAGAAACUCCAGGACCUCAGGAGAGCCAAUAUGACCUGCCCAGCUUCCUGAUCCCUUUGUAAGGAUCUUGAUAUGCUUUCUGCCGGGUGGUUGAAGGCUUGGACACACACACAAAAUAUGUACUCCUCAUGCACAUAGAAAAUGCUCAUUAAA